AUGCCACCGUUCGAAAGAAUGGAUCCAAUGUUCUACGCAAUCAGCAAUUUCCGACGAAGGAAGUUUAAGGAAUGUGCAGAGCUUUGUACGUCAAUCCUCGAGAAAAGUCCCUAUGACCAAUGUGCUUGGACAUUAAAGACAAGAGCUUUGACAGAACAAGUUUAUGUUGAUGAUUUGGAUCUAGAAGAAGAAAGUAUUUCCGAGAGUCUGCUUGAUGAAAAUGCCAUUGCCCAAACUGCUCGCCCUGGAACAUCCUUGAAAACGCCCUCUGAUAAUGCACAAGAAACAAUGGGAAUUAGUCCUGCUGUAAGGCCAGUCACUCAGUCUGGUCGCCCAGUAACUGGUUUCAUUCGCCCUGGCACACAAUCCAGCCGACCAGGAACCAUGGAACAAGCCCUGCAGACUGCUCGUACUGCUCACACAGCCAGACCUGUUAGUUCUGCAUCAGGAAGAUACGUACGACUAGGCACUGCUUCAAUGGUAUCCAGUCCUGAUGGACCUUUUAUCAAUCUGGCCAGAUUAAAUCUUUCCAAAUAUGCAACUAGACCAGACCUGGCCAAAUCUCUUUUUGAAUACAUCUUCUACCAUGAGAAUGAUGUUCGAACGGCUUCUACAUUGGCCAGUCUGGCUGUUAAAUCUACUAAGGAACCCGACUGGUGGUGGCAAUUUCAUUCAGCUAAAUGCUUCUAUAGAAUGCUCCUGUACCGAGAAGCAGAGGUGUUACUGAAAUCAGCCCUAGAACAACAAGAAACUGUCGCUCUUUACCAUUACAUCAAUAAAGUUUACAUCAAGAUGGAUCAACCUUUGCAAGCAAUUGCUAUGUACAAAAAAGGACUGAACCGAUUUGCUGGAGAAGUCACUUUAUUGAUUGGCAUUGCCAGAAUAUAUGAGAGCUUAAAUGACCUUAAUGAGUCAGUGUCUUUUUACCGCCAAGUUCUACGAUUUGACAGCAUGCAGGUUGAAGCAAUUGCUUGCAUUGCCACACAUCACUUCUACAAUGACCAACCAGAAAUAGCCCUCAAAUAUUUCAGGCGGCUUUUACAGAUGGGUGUAUAUAAGAGUGAGCUGUUCUGCAACAUGGGUCUUUGUUGUUUUUAUGCCCAGCAGUACGACAUGGUAAUGGUUUGUUUCAGCAAAGCCCUUGCACUUACCGAUGACAGCAUGCUACUGGCAGACAUUUGGUACAAUGUGGGACAUGUUGCUAUGGGAAUUGGAGAUUUGAAUUUGGCCCACCAGUGUUUCCGUAUGACCCUUACCUACAACAAUGACCAUGCUGAGGCUUAUAACAACUUUGGUGUAAUUGAAUUCAAGAAAGGGCAUCUUGCUAUGGCUCGGGCUUUCUACCAAUCAUCUUUUGCACUGGCCCCUCAUAUGUUUGAACCUCAUUUUAAUUUUGCUUCUCUGAAUGAAAAGUUGGGAGAUUUACAAGGAAGCUACAAUGCUGUACGCAAAGCUCUGGAUGCCUUUCCAGAACACACAGACUCCAAAGAACUUAUUCAACAAUUAAGGCAACAUUUCUCACUUUUGUGA